AUGAAACUCACCAGCAGCCGACGGGGAAGGAUUUUUGUGGUGCUCAUCCUGAUCGCUUGCUUGGUCCGACUUUUUCUGUACAUCCGAAGCAAGUCAUUUGCGAGCCGUUUACCGGUUGUUGAACCUUGUCACCCGGUUAUUGGCAACGCGAUGCUCGUCGUCGGCAUGAGCAGUGAGCAGCUUUUCAACAACCUAUCACGUGCGCUGGCGAAUCCCGCCAAAUUGUUCCGAGUGAUGGCCACCGUCAUGCCGGUAGUGGUCACAAACGAUCCGGACAUGACGCAGAGGAUUCUCACCAGCCCCGACUGUUUGGAGAAGGCAUUUCUGUACAAGUUCUUCCGGUUGGAUAGUGGACUGUUUGCUGCAAACUAUGACCUUUGGAAGGCUCAGCGCAAAGCGAUUAAUCCCACCUUUAACCUCAAGAUUUUGCACAAGUUCAUUCCGUUGUUCGACAAGUAUGCGCAAGAAUUGGUGCAAACCCUGGGAGCAUUUGCAGAUGGAAGGGCACUGAAUUUAUCGCCUUUCAUGCAUCGAUGCUCAAUGAAGACAAUUUGUGCUACAACAAUGGGGGUGGUUAUUGAUGAAGACUCGGAUGCUGAUAGGUUUGCGGAACUUCUGCAGAAAACUUUCCAUUUGGCAUUCAAGAGAUUAUUUCAUGUUCAUUGGCAUGUUGAUUGGAUGUACCGCUUGACCAAAGAUUACAAGAAAGAUGAAAAGAUUAGAGAAGAAAUUUACAAGUAUGGUGAUGAGAUAAUGCGAAAAGCUGCUGAGCGACACUCAAGACGAAUGAAUCUGUUCAAAAGAGAAGAUGAUGAUUGCUGCAAGUUACAAAUCUUCAUGGAUCAGAUGCUGAAUACUAACAGUGGAAAAAAGUUUUCGGACAUCGAAAUCAAUCACAAUUUCUACACGAUGAUUGUUGGGGGCAGUGACACUACUGGAAUCUUUUUGGGUUACAUUGCCAUAGCACUUGCCGCAAACCAAGAUAUCCAGGAAAAAGUGUAUCAAGAGAUCUGUACGGUAUACCCUCGAAACAAAGAAGUGAUUUUCACUCCAGAGUCCCUCAAUCAGCUUCUCUACACCGAUAUGUUCCUCAAAGAAUGCUUGCGACUAUUUCCAGUGGUACCGAUGGUGGUUCGAAAAACACUUCGUGACGUUGAUUUGAACGGAUUUCAAGUACCCAAAGGAAACAUACUGAUUGUCAGUAUUUACAACCUCCACCGGCGCAAGGACAUCUGGGGACCGAAUGCAAACCGCUUUGAUCCGGAGAACUUCUCCGCGGAACGGUGCGCUGGAAGACAUCCGUAUGCUUUUAUUCCGUUCAGUGGGGGAAACAGAAAUUGCCUUGGCUAUCGAUAUGCGAUGAUCAAUAUGAAAAUAGUUGUGGUGCAUCUUUUGAGGACCUUUAAGCUUACAUCCGAUUGGCGGUUGGAAGAUCUCCGUUUUCGAUUUGAAGCAUUGCUGAAGACAGCCGCAGAUCCAGAGAUUCGACUGGUGCGACGGUAA